AUGGAUCAGUCGUUCGAGCUACCCGACUCCACCGAUUGGUUGGAAACGCCACUUUCACUACUUGCGCCGUUCGAAUCCUCAUUACGAUGUCAAGUCUGCAAAGACUUCUUCGAUAAUCCUGUUAUUACUUCCUGCAGUCAUACAUUCUGCUCGUUAUGUAUUCGCCGUUGCCUCAGCACCGAAGGCAAGUGUCCGGCGUGUCGGAGCUCCGACCAAGAGCUCAAACUGCGUCGCAAUUGGGCAAUGCAGGAACUCGUCGACGCGUUCAAAUUGGCACGGCCUAGUGUUCUCGAUCUUGCGAGGAGGGAAAAUGUGCGCCUGGCUAGAGAAAAGGAGGAUAUAGAGGAGCCAACCCAAAAGAAGCGGAAAGUCAAUCGGGUGGAAGAGGAGGAGGUACAGGUCCCAGAAAUAAAUUCGCAAGGCCGACGGACUCGCUCCCAAAUGUCCAUAAAUAGCUCCGCACAAGAGCGAACGGUUCCCCGGGUCGUGCCUGAGAUCAUCGAGGACAGUCAGGACGAUGAAGAAUAUAUGCCUGAGAAUGGGUUGGUUGCUUGCCCAAUAUGCUUUCGCAAAAUGAAGGAAGAGGCAGUGUUUCCACAUCUGAACAUACACCAACAGGAAGAAGAAGCGCCUAAGAAAACCCCUACAAAGGCAGGAUCUUUCGGGUCAUCAAAAGGCAUAUCCCAAAGAGGCCUUACCCUCCCCAGCAAGCAGCCCGAACGGCUUCCGGCUAUAAACUACUCCAUAUUAAAGGAUAACUCAUUGCGGAAAAAGCUCCGGGAUCUCGGGAUCCCAGACUGGGGGCAAAAACAGCUGUUGCAGAGACGUCAUACCGAGUGGAUGAACUUGUGGAAUGCAAACUGCGACUCCAAACACCCCAAAUCUAAGCGGAUAUUGCUCCAGGAACUGGACAUUUGGGAACGCACACAGGGUGGGCAUGCGACGGCGCCGUCACGAUUCACAACCUCCAAUAAUGUGAUGCGCAAGGACUUUGAUACCAAUGAGUGGUCAAGCAACCACGACGAUGACUUUAAGCGUUUGAUAGCAAAUGCGCGUAAAAAGAGUGAGGCCCAAGUACGAUCGACUAUCCCUGGCGCAUCUCCGUCUUCAUCUAGACAGAAGGAAUCACAACCCCAGCAGGAUACUGGAUUACCGGUGAAUGAUGCACACGUUGAGUUCAGCGCAGACACCGAUCCUAAUUUUGUCAUUAACCUAUCUGGGUGA